UGGACAACGGCUAGUGCAGGAAAUGGGCAAGGCUCAAUGAAAGUGUUGACUAGGAGUACAUCCAUUAUUUAUUCAGUGCAUUUCAUGUGAACUCUGCGACUAUGUUCAUUGGGAUAAUACUCAUUGAUCAUAUCAUCUCUAUGAACGAAGCAGAGCACCUGUUGUGUUCCCUCCGAGAAAAUGUGAGAGGAGAAGGGAUGGAAGAUGAGAUUUGAGAAGCCGAAGACGCAGAAGUCUCCUGCUCCUCUGAAGCGGACAUGCUGAAAACGGAGGCAUCUGGGGAGAGGUCCACACUGCGGAGUGCCUCCCCCCACCGGAACGCCUACAGAGCGGAGUUCCAGGCCCUGAAGAAGGCCUUCGACCAGCCCAGGCAGGAUGGUGACCCCAAGCAGAAGGACGAGGAGCGCGCCAAGCAGCCGCGGGGCCGGCAGUAUGGUGCCCACGUCAGCCGCAUCAAGAACAUGUUCAUGCAGAUGGGCACAGAGAACGGCGGGGCCUCUGCCAAGGGCAAGGCGGCCAGGGACAGUGCACCGCAGAGGCUGACCAAGCCCACCAACUUUGUCAACCGGGCGGAUGGCUCCGUCAUCAAGCUGCAGCCCUCGUUCGGCGAGCGGCCGGGCGGCUCCAACUCCAAGUUCUCUGAGACGCGGAAGCUCUUCGAGCAGAGCUCACGCCGGGGCUCACCGGUCUACCCCCCCUCUGGCCGGGACAAACGGGGCUCCCACGAGCACCUGGAUGACUGGAGGGGUGCGCGCUCCAACCGGGGCAGCAACGACUCGCUGGACAGCCUCUGCUCCCGCACGGAGGCGGCGUCCCCGACGGUCAGCCAGCUGAGCGCCGUGUUCGAGAGCGCCGACGCCCUCCAGGUGGGGGCGCUGCGGAGGGCCGGCGCGGGGCGGGCGCUCUGCUCCCCGGACGGCUCCCUCCGGUAUGGCGAGCUCAGCGAGGACGACGGCAGCCUGCGGCAGUCACCGUCUCGCGGUGGGCAGGGGCCCCGUGAGGCCAGGCACGUGCUGCCGGUCUCGUCGUCCUCGGAGGACCUCCUCAGCCCCAGCCCGCUGUCAGAGGCAGUGGACGCGGGGCAGGGGCUCCAGGGCGCCCCCCAGUGGAAGGAGGGUGACGAGACAGGGGGCGAAACUGCGGCCGAAGGGGACGGGCCUCACCAGCUGAGGCAGGUGGGGACGGCGACGUGCACAGAGGCGGUGGGAGUCUGCACGGACCCGACUGCGACCGUGACGGCCACGCACAACGAGACCCCCGGGAGCGUCCGUGGUGAGGACCACAAAGGCGCGCGAGACCGCACCGCUGAGGAUUCUGCUGUGGCUGCCGAUGAUCAGGUUAAGGAGCCCGGUGAGGAAUACAGUGGGAAUGAGAGGGUGAUCUUCAACGCCGAUGGCGACGCCUGCUACCAGGGCUGGGGGGAGAGCUGCACGGACCCCGAGGAUGAAGCGUAUGGCGACGAAGACGCUUCCUACGACCCUGGCUCAGAGAUCAGGGAGAUCCCGGGCCUGCCUGACGAAGAGGAAGAGGAAAUCCCCAAGGGGAGGAAGAUAAGAUUCAGCACUGCUCCAAUGACAGUUUUUAACACCUACUCGAACGAGGAUUACGACCGGAGGAACGAGGAAGUGGAUCCCGUGGCCUCGUCAGCAGAGUACGAGCUGGAGAAGAGAGUGGAAAAGCUGGAACUUUUCCCUGUUGAGCUGGAAAAAGAUGAUGACGGGCUGGGGAUCAGCAUCAUUGGAAUGGGUGUGGGUGCAGAUGCCGGCCUAGAGAAGCUGGGCAUUUUCGUCAAGACCGUCAUCGAGGGUGGGGCUGCCGAGAGGGACGGCAGGAUCAAGGUGAAUGACCAGAUUGUGGAGGUGGACGGGACCAGCCUGGUGGGGGUCACUCAGAGCUUCGCCGCGUCUGUCCUGAGGAACACACAGGGCGUGGUCAGGUUCGUGAUUGGGCGAGAGCGGCCGGGCCAGGUGAGCGAGGUGGCGCAGCUGAUCAGCCAGACCCUGGAGCAGGAGCGGCGUCAGAGGGAGAUGAUGGAGCAGCACUACGCGCAGUACGACGCCGACGACGACGAGACAGGGGAAUACGCCACUGAUGAGGAGGAAGAGGUAGGCCCUGCUAUGACGGGUGGGGAGAUGACCAUCGAAGUGUUCGAUCUGCCGGAAACGGAGGACAUGUUUUCCCCCUCUGAGCUGGAUGCCACCAAACUCUCCCAGAAGUUCCGUGAGCUGCAGAUCAAGCACACAGUCACUGAGGCCGAGAUACAGAAGCUGAAAAACAAGCUGCAGGCAGUGGAGAGGGAGAAGCAGCGCUGGGAGAGGGAGAAGUCUCAGCUGCGGCAGAGCAUCGAGGACAACAAGGAGAGGAUGCUGAAGCUAGAGAGCUACUGGAUCGAGGCCCAGACCCUCUGCCACACGGUCAACGAGCACCUGAAGGAGACGCAGAGUCAGUACCAGGCCCUGGAGAAGAAGUACAACAAGGCCAAGAAGCUCAUCAAAGACUUCCAGCAGAAGGAGCUUGACUUCGUCCAGCGCGAGGAGGCGGAGAGGAAGAAGUUGGAAGAUAUGGAGAAGGCCCAUUUGGCGGAAAUCCAAGCAUUGCAAGCGAGGAUCGCCGACCUGGAGACGGAGCUGAUGCAGCUGAUGAAGCAAAAUGGCGCCCAGGUGAACAACAACAACAACAGCGCAGAGGCCAGGGCGGAGGCUCGCGCCCCCGAGGGGCAGAGUUUGGCGAGGGCCGCCCUCUGCGGAGGACCAGGAACCAAACUGAGGGGCUGUGACCCUGUUGAUGUAUUUGAUCUGAGCCGGGCGGUGCCGGAGACGGAGCGGUUGGACAGCGAGGCACUGAAGGCCCGGGCGCAGCUGGCAGGGAAGGCCUGCAGGCAGAGGCCGUCCCGGUCACUGCUGAGGGACAGCUUCAGCUCUACUGAGGGGGACGACAGCUUGGAGAGGAGGGCUUCAGAAGGCUGUGGCAGCCCUGCCCAUGGUGCCAGGUCAUCCCUCCCUCCCACCCUGAGAACGGGCUCCCCCCACUCGGACUCUGGGGCCUCCUCGCUCUCCCCUGCUGGAGCUGACACCCCGCCUCUGCAGCAGCUUCGGAAGGGCAGAGAAGAAGAAGGAUCUCAGUCCCCUCUGGUGUCCAGCCCUUCACUCAGCCAGGAGGAGAAACAAAGCAGAAGACUCCACGAUCUCGGGUCUCCCCUCAGAGGCAGUAAAGGGAAGGAGAAGGAAGCCAGACUCUCAUCUGGAAACAGUUCCACAGAUCCGUCUGCAGAGAACAGCCCGGAGAAGGUGAAGAGCAAGAGCCCCGCCCUGAACGAUGACUUCAGCGCCAGCAGCGCGAGCUCGGCGGACUUCAGCGGCUUGCUGGUGGAGCAGAAGGUUUCGGGCCGCUCUCAAACGCCCGUGCUCUCAUCAGACGAGAGCUUGGAGAUGAUAGGGGACGAGAUCCUGGACGAGGCGCAUUCUCCCAAGCACCACCACUGGCAGAACCGCAGCGUGCUGGAGUGGAACUGCCAGCAAGUGUCCCGCUGGCUCAUAGGCCUCAACCUGGAGCAGUACGUCCCAGAAUUCACUGCCAAAAACGUGGACGGGGAGCAGCUCCUGCAGGUGGACAGCAGCAGCCUUAAGGCCCUGGGCGUGGCGUCCUCGCAGGACCGGGCGCUGAUAAAGAGGAAGGUGAAGGACCUGAAGGCGCUGAUGGAGAAGGCGCGGCGGAGCCGGGAGAAGCUGGAGCGGCAGCGGGAGAAGGCGCGGCGCAGGGAGCUGGAGCAGCUGCAGAAGAAGGCCCGCAAGGCCGGCAGGUCCUCCAGCGACCCUACAGAGGGCGCCGCCGAGUGAUGCUGCCGGCGGGGGGGGGGGGCCCCAUCAGGGAGAGCGAGCCGCCCGUGACCCCGGGGCAGCGUUCUCCCGGACGUUCGGGAGACCGAACGAGGACCUGCGUGAAUGACAGUACAGGACGUCACUUUCAGAGGCCCCUGGGGUGUCAGCUGGACUGGACUAAACCAAAACUCCCCAGGCCAGCGGAGUGGAGGAUGGCGGGGGGGGGGGAACGCGGAAAGCUGCCUUCAUUUCACUCGUGCUUCAGUUUGUGGAACGGUUUCAACCUUUUUUUUUUUACACGUUUUGGUUUGUUUUACCCCAAAUUCAUCUCUGUUUGCAGUAUUCUGUCACUCAGUCUGAUCUUAAGACAUUCACACUCAACCUCAUGUCAGCUUCAUAUGGGUCUAUGGUGAUCGUCUUUAUAAGCUGUACUUCAAGCACCUUUAGGCAUAAUGUUAUUGUAAAUAUAUACAUAUAUAUAUAUAAAUAUAACAGAAGUCUGAUGUGCCAUUUUUAAUAUGAGGAACUUGUCUAUAUGCUGUGCAGAUUUAUUAAAUCAAUUGCUUUGUGGAAGCACACUAGCCCAUGGCCUGGAGCUCAUAGCCAUUCCCGGACUAUAUUUAUGUUACAUUGUUUCAAUUCGUUUGGCUGCUGCUUCCAUCCAAUCGGAACUAGAGAAACUGGAAACCUUUUCAUGCAGCUGGGACUGGAGUGAAGGCAAGUUCCUGCUGGAGUUCCAAGCGUCAGAGCAUCCUCUGAGCGUCCGCACCUGUCUCGAGCGAGCUGCUGCUGUACUGUGCUGCAUCUGUGUCCUUGGGAUGCUGUACAGUACGCUGUCUGGAGGAGAAUGACAUCCCAGCAUGCAAUGCUGUGGAAAGGGCUGGGUUUGUGACGGGACACCCAGACAGCGCAUGGGCGGCAGAGUGGCCUGGGAUCGGACAGGGAGGGUCAGCUCAGAGAUGGACUACCCAUACCCUACUCGUGCCACCAGAACCAAGAAACUCAUCCUUUCCUCUCUUCAUAGGAGACGAUCCCUCUGCUUCAGUUCAGGGGCCGAGAGCCUUGUGGACAGUGAUCAUCCAUGUGUCGGGCAAAUACUGAAGGACAAUGGACAGUGGGCAUUUCAUGAAUGGAAGACAUACCAAACAGCACUCCCGACGACAAGAACACGGCACUCUGAAAGUGCAGUUUACCUCUGUCGCUUUAGCAAGCUCCGUUUUGAGUUGUUUUAGGGCUCCGAGUAUUCAUGGGAAUCCAUUUUGCCUUUGGAAUGGUAUAUUCUCUGGGACACAGGCCCCUGUGUGCAGUGUCCCAAGUACCUCAUUACUCAAUCCACCUGUAUAUAUAUAUAUAUUUUUUUAUGUUUGACCUGUGAAAAGCACUGAAAGGAGCAUGGCGUGCAGCAAGGUGUGGUUGCGUCAUGUUCCGCACUUGAUUUGGCUUGAUUUGGCUUGAUUUAGCUUGAUUUAGCACACCGUCAUUUGUUGUGGGACUCAGUCCUGUGCAGGAAAGAUCCCAUUUCAACAGGAAAAAGAACAUACCCACACAGUUCAAAUGCCCCCAGGGGAUUUAUUGCAAAAGAGAACAACAUUUCAGUCUGCAUGGUUUCCAUCAGACUGAGAGGUUGAACCUUUGUUCUUUUGUUUGCAGUAAAAAGAUAAAUAGAAGUAAAUGCAGGUAUGCUACUUUUUCCUCUGUUUUAUGACCUUUUGUUAACCUGCACCUGUGCCAGUUAUCAGAUGUGCACAGGAUUUCCUGUUUCCUUAAGCAAAGAUCCUGUCUCACUCUUUUCACCUCAAAGUGUUUGGUCAGGCGGUGUGCUCUGUUAACGGGUUCAUGCAUUCCACACACCGUACCAUGUGUUGUUGUCCCUUUUUUUAUCGAUCUUGCCUAAUCGCGCAGCGAUGAGGAAGCGCUCUGUAGGCAUUAAAACAUUUCAGUGUUCUUUGACAUUUUUAUAGUGCACACAAGUGAACUUUAAGCCCUCGAGGUUAAGUGUCCAUGGCUGUUUUGUUUUUCUGCCA